AUGUGCUGGCAUUUUUUCCGCGUCACUGUUUACUUUUCCCACGCUUUGACUGACGCGUGGGAUGUCGUCGCCCAUUUUCAACUCCCUGUCGGCGAGGUCAGAGCGCUCGUCCUCGCGUGCGUGCUCCUCCUCGUGUCGACGUCCGCCUUGGCGCAGCGUGGUCCGCCUGGCGGAGGUCCUCCCGGCGGUCAGCGACCGGGGGGCGCAAGCGGAGGACCUGGCGGUAACGGCGGCCCCGGCAGACCCGGCGGUCGCGACGGUCCCGGCGGGCCUGGCGGACCGCACGGGCCUCCGCUGAACCUGACGGCCGUCGGGAAUCUGACGGCCGGUGUUGGCGCGCGGCUCGCCAACUGCACCGUGGAUCAGAAGACCCUCAACGGCAGCUUCCACCUCGCCGUCUUCAAGAAUUCCACCGGGAACUACAACCUUCUCGUCGAGGCGAUGCUGGUGGACGCGGCGGGCGGUCCGCCCAACUCGCUGGCGAUCGUGAAGGGCGCCGUGUGCGACGCCGCCGCGACGGACGUGCUCGCGCUGCCACUCGCCGCGGCGGACUGGCAGCAGCGCACGGGGUGGUGGCUGCUGCACGCGGAGGCGCGCCUCGAUGCGUUCCUCGAGAACGCGGACGCCGCCACCCUCGACGCGCUGCUCGCCGUGCUCCCCACCGCCUCGCCUCCGCCCACCAGCGGCAGCGGGCGCAGCGGCGGAGGCAGCGCGGGGGGCGCACGGAACGGGCAGGGCGGGAGGCGCAUGGGGCGUGAGCUGCUGAUGGGCGCAUUCGGCCGCGCUGCCAGGCAGGGGGGACAGAACCAGGGGGGGCAGAAGCAGGGGGGGCAGCAGCAGGGGGGGCAGCAGCAGGGGGGAGCGCAGCAGGCGCCUGCAGUGAGUGGGUAUGCUGUGCUGGCGGGCAGCAGCGCAGCAGGUGUGACGUGGGGCGGGCAGCUCAUGGGCGCCAAGAUGCCCGCUGCUGCUGCUUGA